AUUGGUAGGAGACGUGUGGAAGAAAGCAAGUCUCCCGGGUAUUUCAGCACUUCGGCAGAAACACUGAGGCAUUCUCAUUGCCAGCCUCGGGGGUGGCUGGCACAAACAGCCCAAGAUUAAACGCGGCGCCUGGGCUGGCGAGGUCGGGGUCGUGAGGUAACUCUCCAGGUGCUCCUCUCUGGAUCCCAGGGUCCCAGCCCCGCCACCGCGCCCCGCCCAGCUCUGUCCCCGCAGCCUCGCUGGCUGCCGGGCUUUGUGGUUCGCCCGUGCCGCUGGGCCCCUGCUGGGGGUGUCGUUACGAGCAUGUGCAGACAGCAGCCCAAGCCUUCAGGAUAAUUCCUUCAGCAGCACCGCUGUAACAGAGUGUGACGAAGAUCCAGUCUCUCUACAUGAAGACCAGACUGAUUGCUCCAGUCUCAGAGAUGAAGACAAUAAAGAGAACUACCCCGACACAGGGGCUCUGGUAGAGGAGCACGCGCCACCCUCUUGGGAGCUGCAGCAGCAGAAUGUAGAGCAGACUGUGCUGGUGGACAGCGUAUUGCGACCCAGCAUGGGCAACUUCAAGUCCCGGAAGCCCAAGUCCAUCUUCAAAGCCGAGAGCGGGAGGAGCCACGGAGAAAGUCAGGAGACAGAGCAUGUGGUAUCCAGCCAGUCAGAGGGUCAGGUGAGAGCAGGAACACCAGCUCAUGAGAGUCCACAAAACAAUGCCUUCAGGUGCCAAGAAACAGUGCAACUUCAACCAAGAAUAGACCAGAGGACUGUCAUUUGGCCAAAGGAUGCUUUUGAAACUCGGCAGGACUUAAAUGAGGAUGAAGCUGCUCAGGUGCAUGGAGUCAAGGACCCAGUGCCAGCAUCGACCCAGAGUGUGCUUGCCGAUGGGACAGAUUCUGCAGACCCCUCACCAGUCCAUAAAGAUGGGCAGAAUGAGGCCGACAGUGCACCAGAAGACCUCCAGUCUGUGGGGACCAGCAGGCUGCUCUAUCACAUCACCGACGGUGACAACCCACUGCUGUCACCACGAUGCUCCAUCUUCAGCCAAAGUCAGAGAUUCAACUUAGACCCCGAGUCAGCCCCAUCUCCACCCAGCACUCAGCAGUUUAUGAUGCCGCGGAGUUCUUCACGCUGCAGCUGUGGAGAUGGCAAGGAGCCACAGACCAUCACCCAGCUCACCAAGCACAUCCAGAGCCUCAAGCGGAAAAUUCGGAAAUUUGAAGAAAAAUUUGAACAAGAAAAGAAAUACCGGCCUUCGCAUGGUGACAAGACUUCUAAUCCUGAAGUCCUGAAAUGGAUGAAUGAUUUGGCUAAAGGUCGUAAACAGCUCAAAGAACUAAAGCUAAAGCUGUCAGAAGAACAAGGGAGUGCUCCUAAAGGUCAACCUAGAAACCUGUCCUGUGAGCAACCCACAGUCCCCAGAGAAAAUGGGAAGCCGGAAGCUGCGGGCCUGGAGCCAAGCUCCUCUGGAGAAGAGACUCCAGAUGCUGUUUUGACAUGCCUGAAGGAGAAAAGAGAGCAACUUCCUCCCCAGGAGGAUUCUAAGGUAACUAAGCAAGACAAGAACCUCAUAAAGCCGCUUUAUGACCGAUACAGAAUUAUCAAGCAAAUCUUGUCAACGCCUUCCCUUAUUCCAACAAUUCAGGAGGAAGAGGACUCUGAUGAAGACCAUCCACAGGGAAGCCAACAACCUUCUUUGCCAGAUCCAGCAUCUCACCUUCCUGUUGGUGACCACCUCACCUACUCUAAUGAGACUGAGCCUGUUAGGGCCCUUCUACCAGAUGAAAAGAAAGAAGUAAAACCACCAGCUCUCUCCAUGUCUAAUUUACAUGAGGCUACCAUGCCUGUACUUCUUGACCAUCUCCGAGAAACUAGGGCUGACAAGAAGAGACUGCGGAAAGCCUUAAGAGAAUUUGAAGAACAGUUUUUUAAACAAACAGGAAGAAGUCCACAAAAGGAAGAUAGGAUACCAAUGGCAGAUGAGUAUUACGAAUAUAAGCACAUAAAAGCCAAACUGAGACUAUUAGAGGUCCUCAUCAGCAAGCAAGAUGUGGCCAAAACUAUUUGAGGUUCGGGAAAUGUUAUGAUCACUUUCACCCAUGAUAUAAAGUAAAGUUUAUUUUCCUCUGCCAUCCUUGCUAAGUAGUUUUGACACAAUGAAAAUGGAAGCACUUUAGUGGUAGUAUUAGCUGUUUUCAAGAAGGAAUAGCAAGUUUAAUUAUAUACAAGGAGAAGGGAUUUAAAUGGGGGGAAGGAUACAACAGGUAGCCUUAUAAUUGGGAAAAAAUUCAGUGUCCUCCAUGCCAAGCAGAAAACUCAUAGUCAAUACAAGUAUUUUAAAAAAUGUCUAAUAUUUUAUCAAAUCUAAAUAACAUAGCUAGGAUGCUUGUUAGGGAAAGUUUAUUUAGUAUCCAAAGAUUGUUUAUGUUGAUGUAUGGAAAAGAGCAUGAUUUUUAAAAAUCAAUCAGAGGAGGAAAAGAAAUUCUGCUUUUCAAGUAGGAAGGAAUGUACCUAGCAAGAAAGUAAUUUAUUUGAAACUUCUAAUGGAUUUUUGAGUGAUAAAACAUUUACUACCUUGUCCCUUAAGUCUGCUAGGCUCUCAGUACCCUAAAAUAACCUAGAUUGUGUUACUGCUAUUUUUUUUAUUUCUCUAUAAAAAUAACACAUUAUUUUAUCUGGUAUUUGAAAUUUUACAUUUCUGGUUACCAAAGUUCAUUCUGAUAGCAUGUACUUUGUGAAUUAUUAUCUUUGUCUAUAACUGACAGAUGUUUAUAUUAAAAUAAAAUAUUGUAUUAAAAAUUUAAAAUAGGUAUUUUGGAUAGAUAUGUGUCUGCAGUAUAUAAUCUAAUAUGUCCAUAGUAUUAUUGCUAAUCUUUUUGUUUACUAUAAGAUGAUAUAACUAUUUUUUCAUUGGGAAUAUACAUUUUUCUUAAUGUUCCAACAUCUAUACUUUGUAAAGUCAAAACAUUUCCCAUGAGCUGUAGUUAUUCUUCCUUCUGUACAAAAUGAAAGGUUUGGAAAUUGCCCUGAUACCUUGAAAAAGAAGCCAGAAUAUUUAUUUGCUUCAUCAACUUUAGUGUAUAUCAUUUUGUGUUAUUUUAUACUAAAACAUGUUUAUUAUUUUCAUUUUUGUAAAAGGAAGUAAAAGGUCAACAUUUUCCCUCAUGUACCAACCUUGUUUGUAUUUCUAUUUUCUGUAACAUUUAAGUAUGAUGUUGAAGAAAUUCACAUUUUCUUAUAGUUUGGAUGGGAAGACUAUUGACUAUUUCAGAAACAGACUAUUUCAGAGGCUUAUUGUUUUCUCUGUAUUUACCUAAUAUUUUAUAACUUUUAUGAAUCAGAAUAAUGUCCUUCAUACAUUUGUUUAAUUGAAGUCAUCUACUUGUAACAGGACAGAUACACAACUAUUUGAGGUUUACAAAUUACAUCUUUGAUAAGGGAAAUGGUUUCGUGACAUGUACACAAUUGCUAUUAAAAUGUAACUCUAUAUAUUCUAUAUGAUUGUAAAUAUUUUAUACAACAAUACAAAUAAAAUAUUUUUCUAUUAUAUUUAUUAUGUUGAAACACAGUAGUUGUUUCCUGUUAGCUAAUAUAAAUAACAUAAAUAACACUGUCAAACAAGAAGUUGGAAGUGCUGACAAUUCUAGGCUUCAAGAUUUAACUCAUGCUGCAAUUACACCCUUUCAUGCGGUUUGGAGUUAUCCCAAUAUUUGUUCAGUAGAUUAAAAUGAAUGCAUAUUUAAA